UGAUACAACACAAACAAACAUGGGAAUAAUCUUAAUUACAAAAGCAAUGUUCCUAAUUCUCCAGAUUCUUAUAUUCUUAAAUGCCUCACCUUACCUUGUUCAUUGUGCAUUUUCACGACUCCAACUUCCAUUACAAGCCUUUGGCCCUGACUCUUCUGCUUUCGACACAAAAGGUGUCGGACCUUACACCGGUGUUGGAGAUGGCAGAGUAAUGAAAUAUCAAGGUCCAAAUGUUGGCUUCACUGAAUUUGCUAUUACAUCACCGAAUAGGACCAAACAAAUAUGUAAUGGCACAAACGACCCAAUAUCACAAAUUUCUUGUGGAAGACCGUAUGGCCUUGGAUUUUACAACAAAACUGGUGAUCUAUACAUAACUGAUGCAUAUUAUGGCCUGUUGGUGGUUAAACCAAGCGGAGGGCUCGCUACACCACUUGUUACAAGCUUCGAGGGCACGCCUUUUUCCUUUCUCGACUCACUAGACAUCGACCAGGAAGAGGGAGUCAUUUAUUUUAUAGAUUCAGGAGCCAUAUUCCGAACUGGCAACAGAGUACUAAUAGCUUUAAGUGGAGAUACAACAGGGAGAUUGUUCAAGUAUGAUAUAGCAACGAAACAAGUCACGUUAUUACUAAAUAAACUUUCAGGGCCAGCAGGGAUAGCACUCAGCAAAGACAAAUCAUUUUUAUUAGUCUCGGAAGCUAUUGGUAAAAGAAUUCGGAGAUUUUGGCUGAAAGGUGCAAAAGCAAAUUCAUCUGAUGUUUUCGCUAACAUUGAUGGAAAUCCAGAUAACAUUAAGCGGACUGUGUCCGGAGAUUUUUGGGUUGCUGUUGUCACCGUGAAAACAAAGGUGUUGAUCAUUCCCACCAUAAUUUCGACAGGACAAAGGAUAAAUCAGUCAGGAAAAUUAGUGGAAACGCGUGAUUUCACAGCUCAAUAUAUGAGUUUUAAUGGGAUAACUGAAGUUCAAGAAUAUAAUGACAAACUUUAUAUUGGGUCUUUAGACCAGAACUUCAUUGGUGUUGAUGAUGUUUAAUUUGAUGUAUGUCUUCUGUUUUCACUAGAAUAAGCUUUUUAUGAUUCAGGCAGCUUUAUGUAUGUUUACAAGAAUAAGCAUUUUCUACACGAAAAAAAAAUGUUGCUGAUCUAG